ACAACGUACAAGUCUAUUGAUGUAACGUAUAGCUUUUUCAUGAUUAUAUUUCUACAUAAAAAAUACAGAAACAUAUACAAAUAAGAAAAUAAGUUGUGAUAAAAUGGAAGAAACAAAUCAUAUCAUUAACAAACUGCACUCUGACAAAAACGUGACAGAGGAAGAGUUCCAAAAUUUUGUGCACCGCGUUACAGAAGUAGAAAAAAUUGUGAAGAAAUUAGCGUCUUCCGAUCCGAAGGAACAAGAAUGUGGAAAGAGAUUGGCCGACGAAAUCUUAGAAAGAAAUAUUCAAAGAGACAUUUGCGAAGAUGACGUAAAAAUUAAAACUAAUCGGUCAUUAAUUAAUAAAUAUCCUUCAGAAAAUGUUUCUUCCAGUGAUUCAGAUAAAAUGUCACGAGGUAGAUUGUUUUCAUUUGUUACACACAUUUAUACGAUAAUUUUGUACAAUAUAAAAUUCAAUGUUGUAACAGAUAUGUUCAUGAAAAGUGUGGAAGAUGAUGCUAAAAAGCGAGCGGAAGAUCGCAAGGUCCGAAACGAACGAGCGGAAACAUUGAAAAGAAUCGCGAACGGUGCGUUCAAAGAGGGCGAUUACGAAAAAGCGGUAACGUAUUUCAGUAAAGCGUUAGAGCAACGUAAAGACUCCACUGUUUUGUGGAACAACCGCGCGUUGUCACACAUGCAUCUCGGAUUAUUCGAGAAAGCUUUGCAUGACUUUACAUGGGCGUUGAAAGUAAACGACUGUAAUUUGAAAGCUCUUUUAAAUAGCGCCAAGUGUUACAUGCAUCUUAGAAACAAGGAAAAGAGCAGAGAAUACAUACAAAUGGCUAGAGACAAGAAUCCUCAUUUCAACAAAUUUAUUAACGAAUUUGAAGAAAGUAUAGAGACCGAAUUCAACAAAACCAACAUACAAAUAAUCGGUCACGAUGAAGUGGAGUAAGCAACGUGAUAAUUUAACAAUAUUCCUCUUUCUGUCAUUUUUUGUGUCAGUACAUGAUUUGCUCGUAUGUAAUAGCCUAAAUAAGUAGUUAAA